CUGUUACCUGAGAGAAGGAGUGCCAUUCGUCAUCAUCCGAUUCCAAAUCAGGAUCAAGUUUUCCUUCCUCCAGCAGUCCGGAGAGGUAGAAGUCGGCCAGGACCGCGGGGAGCUGAACCAGCGACUGGAGCAGGACUCCGAGCAUGGAGCCUAUCGCGGCGUGGAGCGAGCAGAGAGUCACCGAGUGGCUCCAAGGACUGGAUGCUCCCGUUGAUCAGUACCAGGUGUCGGAGUGGCACCUGUCGGGUCUGGACCUGCUCCAGUUGACGUCCCAGGACCUGGAGGCGCUGGGAGUUCAGAAGAUCGGACACCAGGAGCUGAUUCUGGAGGCUGUGGAGAAACUCUGCUCCCUGACUUAUGGCAUGGGAGGAGAGACCCUGCGCGGUCUGACAGAAAAGCUGCGUGUCGUUGCCCACUCCCUAACGAUGGCCAUCCAGGGCAGCUGGCGCGACAACAACUACGACGGACGGAGCGCCACCAAGCUGUCAGCUGGCGCUCUGAAGAACGUCAUAGAGCUCAUCACUUCAGCCAGGGGCCUCUUCUGCUUGCUCAACAGAUAUCAGUUAUCCCAGCUCAGCAGAUACACCUCAACUCAGAGCAUAUUCACCCAUUGUAAAAGUCUCGGAGACAUCGUCCACAAGGAUUCCACGGUCUACGAAAAGGAGAAGGACAUCAUAUCUGUUUGCCGUCAGCUGGUGGAGGUUUGUGAUGAGAUCCUGACCUCCAGCUCCGACUCGCUUCUGACCCACACGACUCAGCUGGAGAGCGUCAACCUGGUCCCUGCUGCACCCGGUGAUCAUCUGGGGAUCGAGAUAACAUCCACCAGCUCCAGCAACCACUACGUGACGGGAACGGCUGCAGAGCCUUCCACUGAUGCCUAUUUGCGAGUCCUGUCUGGUGAUGAAGUGAUCCAAGUCAACGACCAGAUAGUGGUCGGUUGGAGCAGAGCCAAACUUAUUGAGAAGCUGCAGGAGAAUCCCGGUGGAGUGACUCUGGUCAUAAAGAGGAUCCCGGGUUCGCUGCGGCGCAAGCAUUCCAUCCAGAUCACGCCUGUGCAGAAGGAAGAGGAGAGACGAGUGAGUUCGGAGGGAGAAGAACCGGAGGACAAAGAGGAGAGUCAGAGGCACUCCAUAUUUGAGAGAGUAGCAGCUUCUGUCAGAUCCCUGUCAUUUAGGCGGGCCGUUCAUGGGCCGGAGGUUCGGCAUCAGCCUAUGGGACAGGAAGAGUCUGAGUUACCUUCUGACAGGGAGCAGGAGAGAACCGUGACGUUAGCUGCAUUUCAGAACCAUCCGGGCAGGUUGUCUCCUCUGCCGGCGUCAGUGGCUGAGAGUUCGGAUGGUUCGAGGCUUUCUCCAAAUCUCAGCAAAGACCGAACGCCGUCACCCAGAAGUCCUUCGCCUUUUGAGUUUAGCCUAGAAAGAAGCAGCGUCAGCUCCUGCCCAGACAUGGUGGGACACACGUCGAAUAAGGAAACCAAGAAGAGCUCUACGAAAGGAAUGUCGACAGCUCUGAGCCGGCGCCGAGUGUCCUGUCGAGAUUUGGCUCAUCCCGACUGCGACGGCUGGCUCUGGAAAAAGAGGAAGGAGAGCAGCGUCUUCAUCACCCAGAAGUGGCAGCGCUUCUGGUUUGUUCUGCAAGGACCCAAUCUGUACUGGUAUAACACACAACAGGAUGAAAAAGCUGAGGGUUUCCUAAAUAUAUCCAGCUACAACUUAGAGAGCGGUGGAGAGCACAAGAGAAAACACGUUUUCCAAAUGACCCAUAAGAAAUUUCAAAACUUCUUCUUCUCCGUUGACUCUGCCACCGAUCUGAGCAAGUGGAUCAACAGUCUGAUUAUAGCCAUACAGAAACACAAGAGGCUCCAGAAAGGUCCAGACAAUGAAGAAGAAUGUUACAGCGAAACUGAAUCGGAGAGCGAAUCGUCUCCUUCAUCUCGCAGGAAAAACAAGCAGAAAGUUCAGUCUCACACUCUGCCUCGACCGAAGGGGAAAAUAAACAAGGCGCCAUUACCAACUUCAUCAACAGAGGGCAGCAAAGAUGGUGGCACCGUGGAUGAGAUGGGGAUGAUGUUUAACAACCUGAAGGAAGGAGGCGUUUCUCUGAUUGGCCAUGAGCAGCCGUUCACGCAGGACCACUUCAGGAAGUCGUUCAUCCGGCGCAACAAGAACCCGGUCAUCAACGAGAAGGUGCACACGCUGCGGGCCCUGCAGAGCACGCUGAAGGCGAAAGAAGCCGAGUUGCUGCAGAUCAGCAAGCUCCUGGACGAGCCGGACCUGACCGCGUCCAAGUACCGGCGGUGGAAGGAUCAGAACGAGGAGCUGCUUUCAGAAAUCGAGAAGCUGGCCUCGGCGGCGGGCGGCAGAGACGUCGCUCCGGCGGAGCGCAGCGAGGACGUCGCUCCGGCGUGGGACACGCCUGCUGAGGACAUCGCCUCGGAAACGGUUGCCACAGAAACAGCCGCUGCAGAGACGGAGGGCGCGUACAGACUGAGGCUGAGCGAAGGUGAGCAGCUCGUCGACACGGAGCCGUCUGAUGUUCUCCUGGAGAUCCCUGGGGAAUCUUCGAGUCCCGAGUCGAGCCCGGUGCUGGAACUCUCUCUGGGAUCGCUGUCGGACUCCAUAAACAGUCAACUGCGCAAAAACGCAGAAAGCAGAGACGCUGAUGAUCAUUACUUCUACAUCUAGAACCUCAGCGGCUCAGUAAAGCCCGUUUAUUGUUGCCCAGUGUUUCCCACGGAGCUGUCGAACAGGAACGCAUGUUCUGAUAAUUACACUCAAGGUUCUCUAAGCAUUGCCUCUCAAUCAAAGGCUGCAUCCUUAAAGACUUUAUUCUCUUGUUAUAUGAAAAAAGAAAUCUGCCAAGUGUUCAGUACAUAUUUAUGAAAUUCUGAAAUAUAUUAGAUUUUGCAUUAUUUUAAAUUUUUCUUGUAGGUCAUGUCUUUUUUUGAUAUGUUGUGUAAAUAUUUUCCCAUAAUUGCUGUUUUUACUGGUUAACUCAGAGUGAAUGAAAUAAAUGAAAAACAUUUGAUGGAACGUUCCCAGCAGAGUUGCAGCUGCUGCUCCUGCUGGUCGAAGCUUUUUCAGCUCUUUUGUCUGUCUGUGCUUCACUUCACCUCUUCUGAGCGCCUGCUGAUGAACUCUUCAUCAGACUCACUGUCUGGAUGAGCAGUGAGUGAAGCAGUGAAGGUCUCUCCAUGCUGGCUUGAAAGAAUAAAGAGAAUUUAGAUCCAAUAUAUAUGCAAGCAUAUUUCAGUAAAUUGAAAUAUGAUGAAGAUGAAAGGAAAAGUGAAACUUGUACCCAGAUGGAUGCAUUUUAAGGGUUUAUUUGUGUUAAUUUUGGCACACAGAUGAUAAAAAACAAAAAUUCUGUCUCUCAUAAACUUGAAUAUUACAAAAGACCAAUGAAAAUGGACUCGUGAAAUGUUAAGAUUUUCUGAGAACAAAAAUAUUGAGUUUUCUUUUGCUGUGCAAAAAUAAACAUUUAUCAGUCAUUGUUUGAUGAAUUGAUAUCAUAGUUUUAAAAUAUUAUUUAAAUUACUGAAAAAAAUGCAAGCUGCAUAUUAUCAAUGUGACUCAGAGGAUUAUGACUGACAAUCACUAGUAAAUGUUUUGUUUUUUCAAUUUCAAUGUUAAUUGCUUUGCUUCCUUCAACUGUCGUCUAACAACAAAAAUAAAAUGUUUUCAAUUCUC